AUGGACGAGCCCACCUGCGUGGACCCGGUGAAGUUGACCUUCCUCACACGACGGUGCGCAAUCAGAGCGUCCACGAGCUGCUGGGCGUGGUCUGCCUCGCAAUGCACAAGACUCACGGCGUUGGCAGGAACUCCUGCCUCGUGGAAAGCCUUGACGGUUAAAUACGAGAUCCGGGCGGAAAGAUCGCUUGACUUGACAAUCACCGAGCAUCCGGCCGUCAGUGGUGCCAGAACAGACCGUGCAGCAAGAAUCCCCGGAGCGUUCCAUGGAGCGAUACUCAAAACCGGGCCAACAGGCUCUUGGACCACCAUGGAGAGAUCGUUUUGGUGUUGCAUGUCCAUGUUUUGUACAGGAACAACUCCAGCCGCCCGGGUUGUCAACAAAGCCUUGUAUUGGUUCACGUUAUCCAAAAAUCCCUGGAAAUUGAACCCGCUCAUCCAGCCUGGUACCCCGAUCUCCAAAUGGGCCUGGAUGUACUCGUCUUUUAGACUUGUGAGUUGCGCGGCCAAAUUCGAGUAG